UUCAGUCUCCAGUUCCAGAAUCUCUUUGUCACCCCUGCAGAUGACCUAUUCUGAGAAUGACCCUGGCAAGAACAAGACCAUUUCAGGUGGACUCAUACUGGUGGGUUUUUCCUACCUUGGUGAGCUUCAAAUCCUUCUGUUUCUGCUGCUUCUGGUCACCUACCUGCUCACUCUGAUGGGGAACCUGCUCGUUAUCAUCCUGGUAAAGCUGAAUCCUUCCCUCCACACCCCCAUGUAUUUCUUUCUGGUGAACCUGUCCUUCCUGGAAAUCUGCUUCACCACCAGUGUGGUCCCUCAGCUGCUGGUUCAUCUCCUGGAGGAGGAAAAGACCAUCUCCAUUGCAGGCUGUGCAGUCCAGAUGUACGUUUUCAACAUCAUGGGUCUCACCGAAUGCUGCCUCCUCGCAGCCAUGGCCUAUGACCGCUACGUGGCCAUCUGCCACCCCUUGCACUACACCACCUUCAUGAGCAGCCGCGUGUGUGCACAGCUCGCGGGGGCUUCAUGGUUCAUUGGGAUCUCAGUGGAGGUAGCUCAGGUCACGUGGCUCUUCAACCUGCCUUUAUGUGAUUCCCACCGCAUCCACCACUUCUUCUGUGACAUCCCACCCGUGCUGAAGAUGGCCUGCACUGACACAUCAAAGAAUAACAUUCUAGGAUUCUUUAUCAUAGUGCUUUUUAUCAUUAGUCCUUUCUUGAUGAUAAUCCUGUCCUAUUUCUACAUUAUCUCCACCAUCCUCAAGCUGCCGUCGGUGGAGGGCAGGCGUAAAGCCUUCUCCACCUGCUCCUCCCACAUCAUAGUGGUGAGUUUGUUCUAUGGAACGGCCCUUUUUAUCUACCUGUGGCGGAAAUUUAGCCCCACUGUGGAGAAUGACCAAAUAGUUUCCCUGAUGAACAUAAUUGUAGCACCAGUGGUGAACCCCAUAAUAUACACACUGAGGAACAAAGAGGUGAAGGGAGUCUUGAGCAAAACACUAGAGAAGAGAAAGAACAGGUUAAGAACUAUUUAGAA